AUGCGGAUCAUGCAGUUAGACGAUGCGCCAUAUUCAUUCUCUCAAUCUUUAGCUCGAUUAAUCGGCUUAGUAAUUCCAUAUCAACAAUGAGCAGAGCCUUGUCUUCGUUUCUUUCGACAUUUGUAAAACGCUUUCAGGUAUUCAGGCUACUGUCAAAUGAAGCAUUGAAAACCAGUGGAGAAAGGGACCUUACAAGCUUACUGCAGCAAAAAUUUCCUGAUGCUUGCAGUGUUCAAGUUAAAGACAUCUCAGGUGGAUGUGGUGCAAUGUAUGAAGUUUCUGUGACAUCUAAUGUGUUCAAAAACCUUCCCAUUAUACAACAGCACAGACUAGUUAAUGAGGCCUUAAAAGAGCAGAUCCAAGACAUGCAUGGGAUACGGAUAUCUACAGCGGUUCCAGAUAAAUAGAUGUUAUGUUUAGAAUAGUUAUGUUCAAAUUGCUGUUUAGAAUGUUGAAUUAAAAAGCUGAAGUCACAUGCUCAACUCUAAUCACAUAGAGAGAAUACACCAUCAACAUAUUCAAUAAAAUCUUGCAUACAUUUCCA